AUGCCCCCAAAAUCCAAAGCCAAACCAACCGGUCUCUACAAAUUCCAUCGAGGAUCCAGAUUGCCAAAGCUUGAAACUAGAUCCCAAAAGGCCCAUCGGAAAAAAUGUCAAGAGCGUACAGCAGCUGAAGUAUCCAAUAAAUCAACGACUAGUUUUCCUGUUCCGGCAUCCCAACCAAUACCAGACCCGAGUCCUCCUAGUCCUGGCAAUUAUGAUGAUCCCAACGACCAAGUCGAUACAAUGCAAGAUGACAACGUUUGGAACGAUAUACCAGACGAACUGAGACCAGAAGAUGUUGAAUCUCUCAAACAAAUACGAUCUCAUCACCGAGCGCUUAUUGAGCAGCAGAAACUGAGAAACUGGAAUGACUUAAUGGAAUCGAUGUUUCCUGCCUACCUUCAUCUAAAAAAGAAAACUCAAAACUGGACGAACUCCGACUUUUUCAAAGACUUAUCGAAGGAUUUGUGCAAAUGUCAAUCACAUCAAAUGAAAUCAAGGGAGGUUGACCUAAUCGAUCUGAUAGGUCAGAAGCGAGUCAAGAUGCCUUUUUGCACCUGCAUCCCAGACCCAAUACACUUCCUGGCCCAUGGGUAUCUUCCAAGCACCCCUCUUUUUCCACAGACAGGAUUUUCGCUUCGGCUAUUAAACUUUUACGAUUUACUAUGGAACAUAUGUAACGCCAAUCUCACCUCUUUUAGUGAAGUCCUACGACGUUGGAAUGAAUCAAUGUCUGUCAGGCUGUGUAUCAAAGAGACCAAGAAGCCUCGUGAUCUCCGGAGAUGUCUCUCAGGUUCAGUUGACGCUUAUCGGCAUCUGAAGAGAUUAGAGCAGGAUUUAAUCCAUACGGCAACCUCUCUUACUCCUCAAGACGUAUUGGCCCAACGAUCGUGUCCAGCAUGUUUUGGAACCUCGGCUCCUGCUCUUGAUGAAUCACAACCAAAAGACACCAACCAAAUUUUCAUCUGCCUUGAUGGGAAUUUUCAACACCGGCAUCACGAGAAGGCCUCAAAAAACCACUUGCCACUUCAUACGCCACAUCUAUUCAUCAGUCCUGAAGAAAUCAAAGCAACCGAUGAUGAAAUAUUAACACAUGAGCAAGCUCAGAAAAAGACUCAAAAAGCAAAAGACCGAUGUAGUGAGCAGCAUAAGGCUGCAGAUGACCGCCGCAAUGCAAGCACCUGGAAAGGAUGUGACGACACCGGCUUGUUUGGAUGCUGUUGCCGGCAUGAUUCUGUCAUCUACUUCUGCAACAUCUACAAAUCCGGGGAGGGACGUGGACUCCCUAUGUCAAUAAUCAAGCGACUUUUAGGCGAACUAAACCCAACGACCCAAAUAGGUAUCCUAUAUGAUAUUGGAUGUACCCUUGGAAAAUUUUUUCAAUCACGGAAGCUGCUAACCGAACAACUCCCAAGGAUGAAGUUUGCUACCGCGGUGUUUCACUCUUAUGUUCACGACUGGCCCUGUCAGAUUCAAUUCAACCCGAGAUACAACAAAGGAUGGGGAUUAACUGAUGGCGAAGGUUUAGAACGGCUUUGGUCCUAUCUCUCUCCCCUUGUUGGUCCUCAGCGAUACGCAACACGGAAUCAUCGCCUUGGCGGGAUAAAUCACAGGAGUGUAUUCCAUAAUUACCUUGGAAUCGAAAAGCUUCGUAUGUGUGGCUUUUCUCAAUAA